UGAUUUCAUCCUUUAUAUCGAUUAUCGAGUAUAUACUAUCAGAUUGACGGCACGCACAACUUUGUGCGCCAAAACUUUUAGUAAUUUGUCAGGUAAAGGAUUCUUGGUCUUCGGCACUUCUUGAAGGAGUAAACUUAAUCGAAGGACCGUCGAGUGUUCAAAGGGAAUGUUUGUCUUUGGUAUCCACGUCACAUUUAGCGACAGCCUCGUAAUUGUCGUAUAGAGGAUCACCCAAUCGAUAUUUGAGAAGAUUAAUUUUUCUGUUAUUCGAUUACAUGGAUUCCCUAUGCAAGGACCACUUCCUACAGCGGCAGUACCGUAAGGUGGACGGCGGCGUGCUCUGGUCUCGCAACGAGCGCAACCUGGACUGCACGGUGACGUUUCAGACGCACAGCAUCCUGCAGCGGUUCAUGCUGCACUUCGACCUACUGCAGCUCGACUGCAACGAUCAUCUCUACGUGUACGAUGGUGCACACGCUACAGCACCACCUAAGGCCGACCUGUCCUGCCGCAACACCAAGCAGCAGGUCGGAGCGCUGUUCACGCGCAGCAACUUCGUGACGUUGAAGUACGUCACUGACAACUGGGGCACCGACGCCAACGGGUUCCGGCUCGUCAUCACCGCCGUCAAAGACCCCAUUCCAGAACAUGGGUGCAAGGAGUUCCGCUGCAAGCAGCGCGAAUUCUGCGUGAGCGCAGACCUCAUGUGCGACGGCGUGGAUCACUGCGCCGACGGCUCCGAUGAGGAUACCGCCGCACUCUGCCCAGAGAGCGGCGGCGGGGGCGCUGGUGGGGCGUGGGUGGUGGUGUACGCGGGCGUGGCGGCGCUGGUGGCUGGAGUGGCCGCCGCCGUCGCCUGCUGCGCCUGCCGCCGCCGCGCUGUCAACCAGCGCACACGGCUACAUUUGCAAGAGUUGGCGAGCAGUAAUGGCGGCGGAGGCAGCGGCGGAGGCGCGGGCGGCGAGGCGGGCGCGACGCGGCUGCCGGGAAACCCGGCGCUCCCUGCGGGCCCGUGCGGGGCGGCGCGGGCGGGCCGCCUGCGGCGGGCGGCCUGAGCGCCGUGCCGCACAAGGACGAGUGGUUCGUCUAGCGGCCCGGGGCCCGCAGGGGGGGGCCCGCCCGCCCCCGGCCCGCGCCGCGCACUCCCGCGCGGCGCCGGCGCACUCUAACGCAAUGUAAAUUUAUCGAUACGACAUUAAACAUUUUUGGCUUAUCGUUGGUAUGUUAUUGGGUCGUACUUGCCGACCCGACUCCUCAUCCUUUGUUUUGUAUACACGUUGUAAUUCUGCGACUAUUCAUAGAUAUUAUAGAAUAAUUAUUGUAAUCGUCAAAUAAAUAAGUUUUUUGGUAUGAGUUUUGAAAA